UCUUUGAUGGUAGUUUAAAUUAGUAAUACAGUAAAGUUUCAGCUGCUUAUUCUUCUGCCAGUAAAUGCCCACAUUAAAGUUUUCAAGAAUGGCAACAUUGACACCAGUCAAUCCAACUAGCUACAUAACCAAGAAUUUUCCUGGCUUUCUAAAUUAUCCAGCUAGCCGGUUUGUGUGCACAUACAUAACAAUGUCUCAACCUGAGAAAAUCCUGCCUGUUACCGUAACUAGCGAAUUAACAUUGACCCCAUUGGGCGGGGCUUUGCUGGUGAACGAAAUCUUAAAGGGGCUGAUCUACCAAAAGUGCCAAAUUCCAUACUCUUACACUUACAUGAAGCAGCUGGUGGAAAAGCGACGAAAAAAGCUGUGCCAGCAAGAAAAUGAGCCGCAAAAAGUGAAUUUGACCGUCGAGAAGCAUUAUCGAGUAGUGUCUGCUGCCUACGAUUACAUGGAGAUGGUCAUGAAGGGCAUUUCCGUGCAGUUUAGUGACCCUUCCAGUCAUAUUAAGGAAGUGGUGAUCAUGUUUGGGACAAGCCCUAAUUUCCCUACGGAAGUGUUUACUAUCGAAAUGCCCCUGGUUAUGACGGGCCACAUUGAAUGCAAUCACAUCAGGCAGCUGAACAACCAUCUGCACAAGAUUAUGAGGGACAUAUUCCUAUCGCAAGUGUGGAUCGAUUCGAUAGAUGGGGCGAUGACGUGCACUAAUACAUUCAUCUUUUUGAAAAAACUUGCCCAUAUGGAAACCGCGUUUACCAACGAAGCUUUUGAGGCAUGUGCCCCUAUUCGAACUGACCCCAGCAGCAAACAUGUGCGGUUUAUUAUCAAUCACACACCCAGAGAUAAGACGAACUGUUGCGCAGAUUUGGAGAUAUUUGAGGACAACGGUAGCAGUAAAACGCACCAAGCUGCACAAGCAACACCUGAGGAAACGCAGGUGGUUUGGUGCAGAUCAAAAGGAUUUUUUCAAGGAUUUCGAGACUGCUUUAUUAAAAAGGUAUCAGCAAGUGAAUCGUGGUAAUUGCAGUUUUCGCAAAACUAGCUACUUUCUAUUAAGUUUAACGAUUAAUUAAUGUGCCAACUGUGCUGUUGAAGCGAGUGAAUGUGUAGAAAAUGUUUUAUUCUGGUCUUUUUUGCCUCAAACUCUUUGCAAGAUUUAUUCGCAAAGUUCAAGUGGAAUGUAUUUUAUUCAAUGUUUGUAAUUUUUAUGGAAAAAUGCUGCUUCUUAUAGAGCGAAUAAUGAUUGCAACAUAGAACAAACAGAUUUAUUCACUUAACUUUAUAAAUAUACAAAAUUCAGCUCAAAGGGUGGUUUGGCAAACGUUGUCUAACCCAUCGAGCCAUUAACGAAUAAAUUAAUAGUUUAUACCAGAUAAA